AUGACCAGUUGUCAACAAAUCGUGGCGUCUGGUAAGUGUUGUCUAAUUCUGGGCCUUAACUUUUAUCCGCCUAAGAAGACGACCUCACUAGCGGACAAGAAAGCCAGUAUAUUGAGAUUUUUCCAAGGGGAAUACUCAAUGUACAGCAUGAAAGAACUAGAAAAACUCAUCCCCAAGAAUUGCCCGGGUGUUUCUUCGAUGCUAGUCAAGGAUCUCGUCCAGCAGAUGAUAGACGAAGACGGGAUAAUCACGGUGGAAAAAUGCGGGAACGUGAACGUUUACUGGUGUUUUGAGAGCCAGAUCCAAAUGAAACUCGUGCAGGAGAGAGACCAUUUACAGCAGAAACUGCAAGAUACCACUGAAAACAUCGCCGCUACAAAGCAGAAGCUUGCAGAUGACAAAAAAGGUUUACGUAGCAGUGUAUUUAGCGUGCAAGGCAAACAAAAACGGAGAGACACCGUUCUGGAAGAACUCAAGGAUCUCGACAAUAAGCUCAAGCAGCUCAGAGCCAAUUACGAUAAAGUGUCGCAGCACAAAUGGAACAAGGACAAAAUCGCCAAGAAAACUCGAGAUCUUUCUGCGGCGAUCCGAAACCUGGACACGAUCACCGACAAUAUCGAGAUUAUCGUUGCGUUCCUGUGUCACGAGUUUUCAAUCGAUGGGAACGAUCUUCGUACUGAACUCAACAUUCCAGAAGAGUUCAAGGAGUUCCCAGAAUUGGCGCCCAUGAAUCUUGUGCAGGAUACCAACGCAACCGCCCGUGAAUGA